AUGGCUAAAGAUAAAGAAAAGAAAGGGAAUUUAACAGGUUUCCUCUUUGGUAAUGUUAAAGAGUCUGGUGAAUUGGAUGUUGAAGAGAAUGAUCAAGUUUUUAAAGAUUUAAAAAAAGAUUUAGAAUUAUUUGCAAAAAGUAGUCAACAUAUAUCAUUUAAAAAAACAAUUGGUAUUGAUGAGGAUGAUAAGAAUGCAGUUACAGAUUCAGUUAUUGUACCCGAUAAAAAUGCAUUAGAUUAUGAGGAUAUUGAUGAAGUUGCUGAAGAAAUUCAAUCCACAGAGAAUGAAAUCAAUAAAUUGAAUGCGGAUAAACUUGCAAAUGCUGCAAUUGCAAGAUUACAACAACAACAUAAAGAGCGUGAAGAACAACAACGUUUAAAACUUUUAGAACAACAACAAAGACAAUUAUCGAAAAAGGAACGUAGAAAACAAAGAAAACAAGUUGGUUCAAAACAACCAUUACAAAUUAAAAAGAAACCAUCAGUUGAUGAUUUCGAUUUUGAUGAGGAAGAAGAACAACAACAGCAAAAAUCAACUCGUAGUGAAGAUGAAGAUGAUGAUGAUAUUUCAUCAGCAUCAUCAUUAUCAUCAUCAUCAGCAUCAUCAUCAGCAUCAUCAUCAAGAUCACCAUCGAUGUCAAGGUCAGCAUCAGAUAUUGAAUCCGACUCAAUGUCUGAUUCAUCAAGAUCAUCAGGAUCUUCAAUUUCUUCAAGAUCAUCAAUUUCAUCAUCUUCUUCAAGAUCAGAUUCAGAUUCAGAUGGUGGUGGUGGUGGUGGUGGUGGCGGUGGUGGUAGUCAUCGUCGUCGUCAUAAAGAAAAGAAACCAAAGAAAAAGGUAACAAUGAAAGCAGGUUCAUAUGAAGUUGUAAAAUCAAUACUUGAAACACCUGAAAUGUUUACACCAGAGGAUCAAGAGUUUAAAGUAUUUGUUAGUGGUAAAUCAUCGGAAGGUUUCAUUUUAAAGUUUUCUCAAUUAUUUGCACCCAAAUUUCCAGAUAAACCAACAAGAAAGAAAUCACGUAAAACUAGAUUCUCAACACCACAAACAUUAAAUGAUGAUUCAAUUGAAACUGAUGAACUCUUACUGUGGAAUCAACCAUCGAAAAAACAACCACCACCUUCAAUUAUAAAGAAACCAAUAACAGAAAUUGAUAGUAUAACGAAACAAUUAUUAAAAUCAAAUGCUGGUAUCACUAGCUCAACAGGUGGUGGUGGUGAAGAGGAUACAUUAACAUCAUCAAAUACGACAACACCAACAUUAACAUCGAUGCAAUUAUAUCAAGCAGCAGCAGAAGAAGAUGAAGAAUAUGUACCUGAACCACUUAGGGAGACUGAGGAUGAAGAAAUAAUGACAAUGUUUUAUAUGGUACCCGAUUCAAAUUAUCAUUCAUUACAACAAGUUAAUUGGGAGGAUAAUAUCAUUUGGGAUGAGGAAAGUUUAAUUAAAUUUAAAAAGUCUGAUCAUUUCAAUCAAUUUUAUUUAUCAUCAGAUAAUCAACAACAAAAUAUUAUAAUUAAAGAGGCAAUAACAAUGCCAGUUGAAAUUAAUGAUUUAACACCAAAUUUAAAUAAAAAUUCAAAACAAACUUCAUCAUCAUCAACAACUACAUCAACAACAACAACAACAUCAACAACAACAACAACAACAACAACAACAACAGCAACAACUUUAUCAUCAACUUCAACAUCUACGACAACUCAACGAAAUAAUAAAAAUAAAAAUAAAAAUAACAAUAAUAAUAUAAAUAAUAGUAGUAAAUUAUUUGGAUUAGAUCAUAUUAGUGAAAAAGAAGAAAUAAUGGACACAGAUUCACAAAAUUUAUUACAACAACCAUUAUCACAAGAAAAAGAUAAAGAAAAAGAAAAAGAUAAAGAUAAAGCGCAAAAUGAACAACAUAUUCAAACAAUUGUAAAUAAUAAAAAAAAUAGUACGACAAAUAAUAAUAAUUUAACCAAUAAUAAUGGUAAUAAUAAUAAUACCAAUAAUAAUAAUAAUAAUAGUAAUAAUAAUAGUAAUAAUAAUAAUAAUAAUAAUAAUAAUAAUAAACAAAAUAAUAAUAAAGAAAUUGAUGAAAUUAUGAAAAGUAAUAUUGAUAAAUGGUCACUUUUUCCAAUAUCGAAUCAAGAAUUAGAAAAUGGUGAUUGGAUUGAUAAUAUAAUAUGGGAUGAAUCAAUGGUACCAGAGAAAAUACAACAAGUUUCAAUGUUAAUUUUAGAUUUAAAUGAUAGAGAAAUGUAUUUUGAAGAACAUAUUGAAAAGAAAGAACAUAAUAAUGGUGAAUCAGGUUCAAAUGGUGAUCAACAAGCACCAGUUAAAAAGAAAUCUAAAAAGAAAUUGGCAUUGGAAGCAGCACAAGCAGCACAAGCAGCUGCAUUGGAAAGAGCACAAGCAGCUGCAAGAGCUGCCAAUGGUCAAACUAUGUCAUUCGAAGAACAAUUACAAAAAGAUAAAGAAGAAGAUGAGAGAAAAGAACGUGAAGAACGUGAACAAUCUCAAAGAGAAAUUGAUAAAUUCAAUCUUUCAAAUGAUAAAUUCUAUAGACCAGUUAGAAAACCACCACCACGUCCACCAAAUGGUUCAACUAAAGUCGUAAUUCAACAUUCUUUACCUGGUAUUAAAUUAUCAUUGGUUAAAACUCAUCUUACCAAAGAAGAUUUAAUUUAUGCACAUCGUCCACGUAUUCUAUUCCCAAGUAAUGUACCAUUUAGAAUUAUAAUCUAUAAUAAAGAGGGUAGUUUAAGUGGUGAUUUAAGUUCAAGUUCAAAUAAUUUACUUUUAAAUAGUAGUACAAAUAGUAUAAUGGGUGGUCAUAAUAUGAGAGGUAGUAUUAAUGGUGGUAUGAUGUCGUCGUCUUCAUCAUCAUCAUCUUCAUCAUCAAAGAAAUCAUUACAUAAAUCGGAUUUAUCAGCACGUGAUGGUCGUUUAGUUUUAAUUGAAUAUACAGAACAACAUCCACCAUUAGUUUCAAAUGUUGGUAUGGGUUUAAGAAUUAGAAAUUAUUAUAAGAAAAAGAAUACUCAUGAUACUGGACCAAAGGAUUUAAAUUUUGAAGAUGGUGAAUUGGUAAUGUUGGAUAAUAAUGAAGAAUCACCAUUUUUAGGUGACAUCAAUCCUGGUCAAACCAUUCAAUCCGUUGUAAAUAAUUUAUUUAAAGUACCCAUUCAUAAACAUAAUUCAGCCAAUACCGAUUUCCUGUUAGUUAAAUCUAGAGAUGGUAAACGUUGGUAUAUUCGUGAUGUUGGUCCAAUCUAUGCGGCUGGUCAAAUCUUACCAGAGGUUGAAGUACCUGCACCAAACUCUAGAAAUGCCAAUAUGUUUUUAAAGAGUAGACUUCAAGCAUACAUCUAUAGACAAUUCUUGAAAAAGAGUAACCCACAACGUCGUUUAAAGAUCACUGAUAUCUGCUCUGCCUUUCCAUCACAAUCUGAAACUUCCAUUAGAAAACGUUUAAAGGAUUGUGCAGAUUUUCAACGUGGUGGGGAUGAUAGUGGUUGGUGGACUGUAAAAGAUAACUUUACAUUGCCUACCGAAGAGGAGUUUCAAAAGUUGGUAACACCAGAGGCAGUGGUUUCAUUCGAGAGUAUGCUCAUUGGUCUUCAAAGACUUCAGGAUAAUGGUAUCAUUCAUUUCACAGCACCAGGUACAAUUCCAACGAUUCUUGGUAAUCUUGACGAUGAGGAUCCAAUAAAGAAAUCUAUAAAACCAGUUGAGGAUGAACUCUCAAUUACACCUUGGAAUUUAACUGGUAGUUUCCUUAGUGCUAUGCAAGGUAAAGGUAGAUUACAAAUCAUUAGUGAUGAUCCAACCGGUAGAGAAGAUGAAUACUCUUACUUGAAAAUGCCUCAAAAAGUUGUAAAUCAAAAACAAAAAGCAAUUAAAUUGGCUCUUCAAAAGAAUCAAGUCACUGGUACAGAUGCAGAUUUAAGAAAACUUUCUUUAUCAGCUUCUAAAACAGUUUUAUUAGAAUUGGGUGUAGAUGAAGAAACCAUUAAUAAAUUGGCUCGUUGGCAAAGAAUUGAUUUGGUUCGUAAGAAAUCCAGUGAGGCUGCAUUGGCUUCAAAUAGUAAUGCUGCAAUGACUAAAUUUGCAAGAGGUUCAAGAUAUAGUUUAGAUCAUCAAAAUUUACAAUAUAAAGAACAAUGUCAAUUGGUAUUUGAUAAUCAAAUUAAAGCAAUCGCUGGUAAAGGUGAUGAUUUAUAUGAUGAAGAUUUAGAUGCUGAUUUAUUAAAAGAUCUUGAAGAUAGUUUAUUUGGUGAUAGUAAUCAAAGUCAAAAUCAAAAUCAAAAUCAAAAUCAAAAUCAAAAUCAAUCAAAUAAUAAUAAUAAUAAAUCAUCAAGUAAAUCAACUGGUAAACGUAGUAGAAGUUUAUUCUCUCGUGAUGAAUCAGAUGAAGAAGAAGAUAAUGAAGAAGAGGAAUAUAAUAAACUAAUGGGUACAAAGAAUAAAGAUGAAGAAUCUAAAGCUAAAGCCAAGGCAAAAGCAGAAGAGGAAGAGAUUAAAGCAAAAGCAGAAGAAGCUAAAGCUAAAGCAAAAGCAAAGGCAGAAGAAGAUGAUCUUACUCAAGGUGAUAGAGUAUUUGUAAAGAGAACUACAUUAUUUCAAAAACCAGAUGGAAGUUUAUUUAAGAGAAUUGAAAUUAUUCGUGAUCCAAAGGUAGUUCAAGAUUAUCAAAAGAAGAAACAUGAUCAAUUCCUUCAAGAUAGAAAGAAAUUUGGAAAACAAAAUGAAGAGGAUGAAGAAACUAAAAAACAAAGAAGAAGAAUUCAAGAAAGAUUAAGAAGAUUAAAAAAGAAUGAUCAAAGAGAAGAUUCAUUCAAUAUGAAUUCAAGUAAUAGUAGUAUUGGUGCUACAAUUGGUUCUUCAAAUAUGAUUAAUAUUAGUGCUGGUAAUAUUCCAGUAUCAAAUAUAAAUAAUAAUAAUUAUAAUAAUAAUAAUAAUAAUAAUAAUUUCUCUUUAAAUACAAGUAGUAGUAAUAAACCAAUACCACCACAUCGUAGUUCAAGUAGUGGUAUUGGUAGUAGUGGUAGUAAUAACAAUAGUAAUACUGAUAGAGAUCAAACAAGAAUUAGUAUUGUAAUGCCAAAUCAACAAGCUAAUUCUGAUUCAAAUAGUAGUUCAAGUACAAAAAUUAGAAUUGGCCAAUCUUCAUCUUCAUCAUCAUCAUCCUCAUCAAGCAGUGGCCAUCCAAGAAGUAGCGAUAGAGAACAUAGAAGUAGUGAACAUAGAAGUGGUGAGCAUAGAAGUAGUGAACAUAGAAGUAGCGAACAUAGAGGUAGUGAACAUAGAAGUAGUGAACAUAGAAGUGGUGAACACUCAUCACAUCAUAGAAGUAGUGAACAUAGAAGUGGCGAUAGAGAGCAUAGAAGCAGUGAUAGAGGCGACAGAGAACAUAGAAGCAGUGAACAUAGAAGUAGUGAACAUAGAAGUAGUGAACAUAGAAGUAGUGAACAUAGAAGUGGUGAUAAAGAACAUAGAAGCGACAGAGAACAUAGAAGUAGUGAACAUAGAAGUGGUGAUAGAGAGCACAGAAGUGAUAGAGAACAUCGUGAACACAGAAGCGGUGAUAGAGAACAUAGAAGUGACAGAGAACAUCGUGAGCAUAGAAGUGAAAGAUCAAGAAAUAGUUCGAGUGGUAGUAGUAGUAGUAGUCGUGAUCAUAGAGAUUCUCAUCAUAGAAAUAGUACAGGUAGUAGUUCUGAUAGUCAUAGUUCAUCACAUCAUUCAAGUAGUAAUAGAGAUUCAAAUCAUAAUGGUGGCAGUAGUAGUAAUAAUAACAAUAACAAUAGUAAUAAUAAUCAUAAUAAUAAUAAUAAUAGUAAUAAUAAUAACAAUAAUAAUAAUAAUAACAAUAAUAAUAAUAAUAUUAAUAAUAAUAAUAACAAUAACAAUAAUAUUAAUAAUAUUAAUAAUAAUAAUAAUAAUAAUAUUAAUAAUAUUAAUAAUAAUUAUAAUAAUAAUAAUAAUAAUAAUAAUAAUAAUAAUAAUAAUAAUAAUAAUAAUAAUAAUAAUAAUAAUAUUAAUAAUAAUGAAAAUAAUAAUACAAAUAAUCUUUCAAAUAGUACAAAUCAAUCACCAACAUUAUCACAAUCCGGUAUUAUAAUUAGAUAUAAUGGUAGUAAUAGUGGUAAUAGUAAUAAUACUAAUGGUGGUAAUAAUAGAACUGAAGAUCAAUCAGUUUUAAAUACACCAUUAUCAGCAUCAUCAAGUGGUUCAAAUAGAAAGAAAAGAACAUUGGAUCAAUCAAAUAGUGAAUCACCAUCACUUAGUUCAACAACACUUGAUGGUAGCGAUAAAUCAUCACGUAGAAAUAGAGUUAGAAAGGAUGGUAGUGGUGCAGAUGUUGAACUUUCAAAUAUCUUUGAAAGAAUAUUGGAUAAACUUAGAACCAAUGAUGAAUUCAUUGCAUUUAGACAUAAAGUUACACCAAAAUUAGCACCAGAUUAUCAUAAGGUCAUCAAGAAUCCAAUCGAUUUAACAACAAUGAGAGAUAGAAAUAGACAUUGGGAAUAUAAAUCUAAAAAUCAAUUCAUUGAUGCCAUUAAAUUAAUGGUUGCAAAUUGUUUUGAAUAUAACGAAAAAAGAUUUUCACAUUUAUUACCAAUCGCUGAAAAAUUAUUAACUAGUACCCUACAAUUAUUGGCACCUUUUGAUUCUCAAAUUGGUGAUUUAGAGAAAUCCAUCGAACAAACCAAUUUAAAACAAUCAUCUUCCUCACUACUUUUAUCAGUAGAUCAUACCAAUGGUUCAACUCCUUCAACCCCAAUCACUUUAAAUACUCCAAUCACUCCAAAUUUACCUUCAAAUUCCCCUUUCUUCCCACCAGUUGAUCCACCAUCAAAAGCUCAUCAUAGCGCUGAAGAUGAAGAAAUUGAUAUCGUUUCUUUAUAUGAAAGUGGUGUAUCUCCAUCUGUAAAAAAUAAUUUUAAUUAA